AUCCAUACGUUGCAAUAACUAAUAUGGCCUCUCCAAAACAGCCUUGUAAAUAUAUACAAAUGAAUAAACACAUGCACAAGUUGACUGACAACUAACUAACGGUUAAAGAGAGAGUGAGUGAGCAGAAAACCCUAUAGACUGUGUUUUUGUGAGGAGAUGAAGGAGGCGAAGACCUCACGAUGUGUGGGUGAGAGAGAGAGUGAAUUUUUAAGGAGGAGCUGAAGUUUGGGACAUGAGACGGGCCGACAAAUAAUAUGUUUUCUGAUCUUUGGACGGUCUGAUAUAAGGUUUACUUAAUGGGAUAAUUCUUGUAAUGAGAUCUAUAGGAAUUUGAAAUUAACUUUUGUUUACUUCACAAACUAAAUCAUUCUGUGAGUUUUCUUUAUUUUAAAAUAAAUAAUGGAUAUUUUAUAGUCCAAUAUGAUAUGUUUUGAUUUUUCGGGAAGAAAUCCAAAAUUUUCUGGGUUAUACAAAAAUAAAAUAAAAAAUACGCAUGAACUUUGAAAAAAACUUUGCGUCGUCGGACUUUUACUAGUUUGGUAGCACGAGCAUAUAUCCCUUGCACUAUGACAAGUCAAGUUCUCAUGUUUUGAAUGCAUCCAGCUUUCUUUAAAAUCAACAGUCUUAGAUGCACACAUUAUUAGAAAAAAACUGUUGAAAUAUAUGAAUAGAUAUGCUUGUGUGACUAUAAGCUAGUUAUCAUUUUCAAACUAUUAAAUUAUUACAUGCAAACCACACGAGAUUCCCAAGUAUUUAAACAUGCAAACUUGGCUACCAAACACUUAUUUGUUUAUUUGUAAUCAUCCAAAUUCUCACUAGAUAAACGUAUACCUAAUAACACAAUAUGCAUGCGUAAUUUUUAUAUUACGCAUCAAUGGUUCAGCCUACUUACAUCUGUAAUGUGUUAUUAAUUCAAUGUUUUCCCUCAACCUAAACUGGUAAGAGAGUUAUUUAGGUGAAACUGUGAAUUGGUCCUCUUGCGGUACUUCAAUUAGUCAAACCGUGACUUACGCGUUUGGUUUCAAAACACAGACUUUUCAGAACAAAAGCAAGCAUGUGUUUUCUUUUGUGAUAUAAAUGUUCAAAAUCAUCGGCACCAUAAUAUUUCGUUGGUUUGUAAUUUAUUUUAAUAUAUAAGGGUAAAAUUUUAAAUAUAUAAUUUAAUAGGUUAUAGUAUAAAAUAAUCAUUGCAAGGUAAACUUAUGCUGUGAUUCUGUCUCAUUAGAAAAGAAACUAAAAUUUGAUAAAAAAACCAUAUGAAUAUGAAUGAUGAUAAUAUAUUUUGAAAAUUGCAUUUUAGAGUUGAAAACUAGAUGUAUACAAUUAUAACCGCGUAAAAGAAUUUUUAGCACAACAAUGAUACCAAUGUUAUGGGGUAUCAAUGUAAUUUACACAUGGUACUGUUAUUAAGCGACCCGUUCAAAUCAUACUACUUGGUCAACACGUCAAACGCGAUAUGGCGCCGGUAAAAUCCGACCUAAGUGUUGAACUCUUGUAUCUUCAUGACCUCUUCCUCGUAACUAAAGUAUAUAUAUAUACACAUACUUCCUCUCAUUUAACAACAUAAACAUAACUUCUUAACCAAACAAACAAAAAGAAAAGCUUUUCCCCCUGAGAAACAAUAGUUUAUUACCUGACUACUUCGAAGCUCCUUUUUUUUGUCGGUACAACGUAAACAAGAGAAAGCAAAAUCAAAUGAGGAGAGUUAGCUGGUCUACUGUUUUGAUCGUGGUGAUGAUAGUGUCGUUGUUGGUGGUAGAACACGUGGUGCUUCCCGCAGAGGCAGGGAGGGUUCUAACGGAGAAGUUGGGAGACGGAAGUGCGACAGUGAUAAGGGUGGAGAGGAUGAAGUCAACGGUGGAUUACUGGUUUCAGCGUUUGGCUUCGGGUCCGAGUCCAAGUGGUCGCGGCCAUUAAAUUAGUUUUUUUUCUUGCUGGAGGUGAUCCAUUAGCGUCGAUAUAGCAUAUGAUUACCAAAACAAAACCGUCAAAAACUGUAUCACAUUCAUUUAUUUUUUUGUUCCAUUUUUUCAUCCUGUAGGAAAAAAAUUCAAAAAACAAAACCAUCGUUAUACAUGUACAUAACCUUACUGUUGUUGGUUGUUAAUUCAGUAAGAACUUUUGUAAUCACUUUUAUGAGA